AUUUCACUUAAAAAAAUUAUUGCCUAUUGAACACAUUCCUUUGAAUGCCUUGAUAGUUGAUAGCCUUCACGGCUUCACCAGGAAGAACCAACUACCAAAGCUUUCAAUAGAUUUCCCCGAGUUGAAAUUUGGACUUUCAGUGAAGAUGAUGAUGAUGUGUUCCGGCAGCGGCUCUGCAACUCCACUUACCCGAUUGUAUCAUCUUCCUCGCCGCGCUUUCUACCUUCCUCCCAUUUCCCGCACUAUCCGUCUCCAGAACGAUGCGCUUCGUCCGGAGAAUCUGACGGCGCGCAACUACUCUUCCUCCGCUCUGCCUUUCGAUCGCUCGCCUCCGCCCAUUGAUCACGACCUUAUCGAUGACAAAAUUGAGACCUAUGUUAAUGAUGCUGAUGAGGAGGCCUUAAGUGCAGUUGAAAAUGGAGUUGCGGUAGGUGCCUAAUCUGCUCCAGGUUUUCUCAUGUUUUUCUAAAACUAGGACAAAGUCUUGAAAGGGAUUGUAAGUUGAGUUUGAGUUUAAGGAUUAUAAGUUGUUUUUCUAGUAGGAUCAGUUUGAACUGCAUUUUUGUCUGAUUGAAUGUUUUAUAUUCAUUGCAAAAACUGUUGAAAUUGUUGCACACUUGAGUGACAGAAAAUACUAGGGCUCUGCUGGAUGGUAACAAUUAACAUAACAACCUGUAGUGGAUAGUUCUUCUAGUUUACAUAUGCUUUCUGUUGAAUUAUGAUUGAUAAGGAAGAAUUUGACAUUUAUGUUUUAGGUCGUGGAUCUUUCACAUUAUGGUCGGAUAAGAGGUAACAUUGUUCUUGCAUUUCUGUAUU